AUCCUGAAGAUCUCUUGCUUUUGCUCCAGGAGGCUGUGACCUUCGAGGAGGUGGCCGCGUAUUUCACUGAGGAGCAAUGGGUCCUGCUCGACGUGACGCAGAGGGGACUCUACGUUGACGUCAUGAUGGAGAACUAUGAGACCGUGACGUCACUGGGUAAGGAGCCCCCUCCCCUCCCCUCCAGUGCUGGAGCCAAGAGCUCCUCAACUUUUCCCCCGGCCAAGCUGGAUUUGCUCACCCAGAUGCGAGAGCGAGGAGAGCGCUGGGGCUCGGAUUUUCAAGAAACGGAGAAAAAAGAACGCGGAGGGCUACGAUGGAAAAUAGACAAUGGCGUGGUUGAUGCCAACUUUGGAGAAAACCCAACCCAAGAAGACGCUGCGGAAAGACGGCGUUCCCGUACCGAGGUUGACGGAGAGGACAACCAGAGCAAGGACUUAAUUAUAUCCCCGAGAAAUGAGACGGGAGAAAAACCUUUCAAGUGCCUCGAAUGCGGGAGAAGCUUCACGCGAAGCUCGGAUCUCAUCGUCCACCAACGAACCCACACUGGCGAAAAACCCUACCGGUGCCCGGAGUGCGGGAGAUGCUUUAACAGGAGCUCCAGCCUCGUCACGCACUGGAGGACGCACACGGGUGAAAAAAUAUACGUCUGUUCCGAAUGCGGGAAAAGUUUCACGCGAAGCUCGACGUUAACGGCUCACCGACGAACGCACACGGGGGAAAAACCCCACGAGUGCCGCGAGUGCGGGAAACGCUUUGGAAAAAAGUCAAAUCUCCUUAAACACCGACGGCAACACACCGGAGAGAGACCGUACCCGUGCCUCGACUGCGGGAAAAGCUUCGCACAGAGCUCGGAUCUCAUCAUCCACCGACGAAUCCAUACGGGUGAAAAACCCUACCGGUGCUGGGAGUGCGGGAAGCGCUUCAGCGUGCGAUCCAAACUGGAGCGACACCGGCGCGUGCACACGGGGGAGAAGCCGUACCCGUGCGGGGAGUGCGGGAGGAGUUUUGGGCAGAGCUCGCACCUUUCGGCGCAUCAGAAAAUUCACGGAAGGGAGAAAUCGGCGCUGCGGGUGUGGGAGGUCAUUCGGCGCGAGACCCUGCCUUGCUGA